AACUGCAUCGAUCUUUGAGCCAGAAAGCGUGCCAGUCACGUGCAACCUCAUGAUCUCUCACUGUCAUACUACAAAAUCACCAUCUUUCUCAAACUGUAAAAACAUGAAGCUUUCCUUUUUCAUGGUCCAUUAAUGGAGUUCAAUAUCAUUUUCCACAAAUACUCUUCUCACAAAACCCUCCACACCAAGAAAAAAGAAAAAUGCAUGAAACACACACACUAUUUCACCUUCCUACUAAUUUCCAGUUUUUCCAAACCUACCCAUAUAAAAAAGCUUUAACUUUAAUAUCCCAAUCUUUACACCAAUGCAACAUUAUCCUCAAGAAAAAUAAACAAAAAAGGAAGACAAACACACACUGUUUCACCUUACUAACACACCUACUCAUUUUAUGUUAUCCUUACGUUGUUUCAUCUGGAUAUUGGGAUGGAGUUACAGUCACAAAGUCAGACUUUGAAGCCUUAAAAUCUUUCAAACAAGAACUGACUGACCCACAUGGUUUCUUGAAAAGCUGGAAUGAUAGUGGAUAUGGAGCUUGUUCUGGUGGUUGGGUAGGAAUCAAGUGUGUGCAAGGACAGGUUAUUGUCAUACAGCUUCCAUGGAGAGGUUUAGGUGGUCAACUCACUUCAAAAGUUGGUCAACUUCAAGCUCUUAGAAAGCUUAGUCUCCAUGACAAUGCCAUUGGAGGUUCAGUUCCAAAGGAGUUAGGGUUUUUAUUGAAUCUUAGAGGUAUUCAAUUGUUUAACAAUAAGUUUACAGGCUCAAUACCUCCUACAUUGGGUUCAUGCACAUUGCUUCAAAGUGUUGACUUUAGUUAUAACAUGUUUGAUGAUGAAAUCCCAACUGAAUUUGGAAAUCUUGUUAUGCUAAAAAGCUUGGAUCUUUCUUACAAUUUUAUUAAUGGUGGCAUGCCGAACAGUUUUUCAAAUUUGAGUUCAUUAACUUGGUUGAGUUUAGCUCACAACAAUCUCAACGGUCAAAUUCCAGUUUUCUUGGGAGGUUUGGUGAAUCUUUUGUUCUUCAAUGUGUCCUACAACAAUCUAUCUGGUCGUGUCCCGGUUCGACUUGCUUCAAGAUUCGAUUCGAGUUGUUUUGUGGACAAUCUUGAACUAUGUGGAUACAGCCCUUCAACCGCGUGUCCCACAUCUCAUGCAGACCGGAAACUAAGUACCGAAGACAUCUUGCUAGUUGCAGGCGGAGUUUUGAUGGCAGUUUUAUUGUUAUUUUGUUGUGUACUUAUCUUUUGCAUGUUAAAGAAAGAUGAUACGGAUGAAGAUGAAAAGAAGGAUGGUGAUGAAAGUGGUGUGGGCCCUAUGAAGGAUAUUCCGGUGGCGGUGGAGGUGGAGGAGGGUGGAGAUGGUGAAGGAAAGCUUGUGUGUUUUGAAGGUGGGAUUGAGUUCACAGCUGAAGAUCUUGUGUGUGCAAGAGUUGAGAUGUUGGGGAAAAAUAGUUAUGGAACUGUUUAUAAGGCUGCUUUAGUGGAAGGGGAUCAAGUGGUUGUCACAAGAUUGAGAGAAGGGGUUAUAAAGGAUGAAAAUGAGUUUGAAACUGAAGUGAAUUCAAUUGGGAAUAUUAGGCAUGAAAAUCUAUUGGCAAUGAGGGCUUAUUAUUUGGGUCCAAAAGGGGAGAAACUUCUUGUUUUUGAUUAUAUGCCCAAAGGAAGCCUUGCUUCUUUCCUUCAUGUUCGAGGACCCAAGGAACCGGUUAAGUGGCCAACAAGAAUGAGAAUAAUAAAAGGAAUAACUAAAGGUUUGCUCAACCUCCACACCCGUCACAAUAUAAUCCAUGGAAACUUAACCUCAAACAAUAUUCUUCUGGAUGUCGAUCUUAACCCAACGAUUGCGGAUUACGGGUUUUCAUGGUUGAUGGCGACCGCUGCAAACUCAAACAUGAUUGCAGCCGCUGGUGCACUCGGGUAUCGGGCUCCCGAGCUUUCCAAACUCAAGAAAGCAAACACCAAGACUGACAUAUAUAGUCUUGGUGUCGUAAUGUUAGAACUCUUAACAGGAAAAUCAACGCAAGAGGUGGAUGAUGGUGUCGGUUUGCCACAAUGGGUGGCUUCAGUUGUGAACGAGGAGCGGACUGAUGAAGUUUUUGAUUUGAAGUUAAUGAAGGAUUCUUGUGCAACGGGUGAUGAGUUGUUAAACACGUUAAAACUUGCUUUGCAUUGUGUUGAUCCAUCUCCGCUUGCUCGGCCCGAGGUACAGCUGAUUCCUCAACAGCUGGAAGACAUUACACCGGAAACCACCAGUGAAGGUGGUGGUGGCACUUCAUCUAGGGGUGAAGCUGGAGUAGUUUUGGGACAUUUUUUUCCUUAUUGACAUAUUGGUUAAUGUAUGCAAGUUCAUCUACUUGAUUUAGUUUCUAAAAGUAGAAAGUUUUGUCAUUGUAAAGUUUGUAAAAGUAGAAGGUUUCAUUAUUGACAUUUUGACUGAAACCCUAUUUAUAUGUUUAUCAUUU